AUGGACGAUUACCAGACACUCGUCGUGGCUCAAUUCUUCAAGCCACUGCCAGAUGUCUCCCAGAUAUCGUGUCACCAGUUCGUCUUGAACCAUAUUGCCUCGAUCAUCUUUCCCAGCGCUACCGGCAAGGUAGACGUUCAGCCCAGCUCUUUCCAGGGAAGCAUGAGCUAUACCGCUAUAUUACAUACUCACUCCACGUACGUCGAUCAUCGCAUUGCCGUCCAGUUCCGAAGCGACAAGCAAGACCUCUUUGGAGUCAUAGAAGCUGGCAGUAUUCAUGGACCCAUUGUACCCUUGGUAACAUACCAGGGCAUGUACGAAGGGCUGUUUGACUAUGAACUGCCGCUCCAGAAGAAGAUGGUGACUGUCCUAGACCUUGCAGACCUCGUUUCUCGGGGAGCUAGAACAAACAAUGCUACAUCCGACACUUCUAUAUCCGACACUUCUAUAUCCGACCUUACUUCCACUCUUGAUGAUAUCUGUCAUCAGCAAACUCCUACCACGGUUACGCGAUCUCGCCGCCCUCCCCGUCACCUUACCCAUCAGGAUCUCACCCCAUUCAAUUACCUUAUCGACGACUCCACGGGCCGGGUUCAAGCUGUACUAGACUGGGAUGGUGCUCUAUACCUCCCAGUUGGGUCAAAUUUCUAUUUUGUGGAGAGUGUUUUCGGGUUCAUGACCCUAAGUGGUUGGCAAGACACUGAGGAUCGUCAGGAACUCGAGGGGGCGUUUUACGACCGGGCUCUGGCUAGUCUUGCUUCCCAGGGAGUUGGGGUAGUAACGAAAGAGCAACUGGAGUCGCAGAAGGCGAUUGGGAUGUUGCUGUACGGUGUUGAGCGGCUUCUCAAGUUCAAAGACAAACGAGCCGAGCACUAUCUAGAUGGAUAUCUACGGGGGUUAUCUGUCAUGAUGUAUUGGCCUAGUAUCUGGACGAGACCUGCAUGCGUGGGAGUUAGACUUUAUUCGAAGAGAUAUUAA